CUAUCGUUCGCAUUCGUCCAUAUACUUAAUAUCAGUCGAUGCUCUUUUGAAUGCUCAGGCGUCGUUCUGACGUCACAUUAGUUCGGGACUGCAACGCCAGACGGUGCUAUUCAGGAUUUCGAGUCUGCCUCGUACACACUGUUGUUUGACGGGAAUAAAAAAUCGAAGCUAAUUUAUUUUAAUUGUGGCAUUGUGGUGUUGUACCAUAAUAUAUGGUAUAACAGUAAAAGUACUUAUACUAAUUCUGUUGCUUUUAUCGGAAUUUCAAAUAAUCUCAACCCAACUGGGAUGUCUUUGAAGAAUAGGUUAAUUGCAUGUCUGCAAAAACUGAAGGAAUACGAUUACACUGACGUAGACAAGGCAAGAGCUAGUGACGCGAAGGCCGAGAAUGCCCUCAACUUAAUAUACCAGACUGCUUUAAAGAAAACAACUUUUACACCAGAAGAGAAGAAAAUUGUAGGUUCUCUUUUAUUUGAUGCCAUCACACCGAUACAAAGCAACAUAGAAGGAACGCUCUGCGAAUACAGAACUAGAUUAGAUACCUCUGUGCUUAUGAAAAGAUCUGCAAUACAAUUCUUGAUUGACGAAUACGGGAAGUUUCCAGUUGAGAAUUCUAUCUUGGCUACAAAGUUAGAGGAAGCCGGCAUAGCAGAGAGCGUUGAAAUACUCAAUGAAAUUAUAAAUAGGUACUGUGAUAUGAGCGAUUCUGACGAGGGCUCCAGCGACAGAGAAUCGGCGGGAUCCCAAGAAGUACCAAGGUCGCACAUUUGGUGGACUGCGUGAUAAAUCAGCUUGCAACUAUACAGGCAGAGUUGACGUAUCAAUUAUCUUGCUAACGACAUUAUUCAUAAAGAGUUGACAUAGGUAACUAAAUCGAUAUAAUACAAAAUGAAUUUCAUAUCGAACGUACUGGAUUCGAUUCCGGUUGUAGGCCACGUAAAAGGAGUUGUACAUUAUGCCGUUGGAGAUACAGAAGGAGGCAACAAUUCUAUGUAUCAAUCUACAAGGACAUCGGCGGUCCUAGCAGGAGGAGCAGUUGGAUGCCUCGCAGGACCGGCAGGAGCUGCAUUGGGAGGCGUAUACGGAGGCAUGAUUACAGACGGCUUGGUUUCUGCGGCUAAGAAGGAGCCUGUAGGUAUUUUUGAGUCAAGUGCAAAUAUAGGUAGAGACAUUGCUUCAGGCAAAAAUCCAAUGGCUUCUGUGGGUUCCGCAAGUUUCAAAAUCGCCAUGGACGGUAUAGGUGGCUUUGGCAUGGGAGGAGUUUCUAGCGUUGCCAGUAAAGUCCCGGCGAAGGCCGUCGCAAAAACCAUAGAAGGCACUGUAAAAAAAGCUGCUGCAACUAUUGGGGAGGAGAUGAUUGAGAAGUCAGUGCAAUUAACUGCAGAAGAAAUGACAAAAAUUGUGGCAAAGAAAGUGUCAGAAAAAGCCGUGAAAAAAGCUGUCGAAACUGCAGCAAUACAAACACAAAUGCUUCUGGUGUCUGCUCACGUCGGAGUAAAUGCUAGUGAAAAAACCAAAGCUGAAAUGCGUGCUGAAGAAGAACGUAAACAACAGAAACAAAAAGAAGAAGAAAAAAAGGCGCGUGAAAAGCGCGAUAAAAAAAACACUGGAUCGUGGGAACCACCACGCGAGAACAGAAACAAUAAAGAGUCCAAUGUUGAUAAUGAAGAGUCCGACGAGGAGGUAUUUGAAAAGUUCAUGAAAUUACUUAAACAGCUCUUGAAGCUUCUAUACGGCAAUAACAGCGAACCGUUCACAAGAAUUUUCGAGAAUUUAUCACCAGGCCAAAUAGCGUAUUUGGUGAAAAUAAUCAGAAACCUUAACUCAACUGGAAUUUUACAGAUAGUGUUAGAUUUUACAUUAAAACUGUUUAAAUUGUACUUUUCUAAAGAUAUCUCAUUCACAAAUAUCCUGAGUAUGUUAGAAUUCGUCGCAACUUACAUUGAAGACCAGUUGUAUUUUAUGACCAAAACCAAAGGUAAACCGACUCGUCAAUCAGAUGCCGACCGGAAUGAGCGUCGAAGGAACGCCAUCAGAGAACUUCAAAACCAAAGGGAUAUAAUUCAGAAAAUUGCUGAUCUAUUCAGACAUUUACAAGCGGAAAUCAUAGCUGAAACGAGCGCGCCUAAUAUAAUUUCCCCCUAUUUCCGUGAUAUAUUCUCAGCUGUGUAUCAUUAUUACAAACACAGACGCGUGCCCGUGCCAGGCCAUGAGAAGCUGACAGUCAAACAAUAUUUCGACUUGAUAAGGAUGGUAAUUAUAAAAAUGAAAGAAUCACCGGAAUACAAAAAAAUGCAGAAGGCCAGAAAUGGAACGACCCUCACUUGUGAAAUGUACGUGGUCUUGUUCGGUAGGAUGUUCAGAAUUAUUAUUACUGUUCGAGAUGGUGAAAUUGUAUUGAGUACCGCCUAUGUAGUCAAGCGUAUGAACUUUAAUGCCAAAGAAGGCAUUCUUUACAUAAAAUUCGGUGAUGGAGAUGUACAGAAGUAAUAACCUCAAAUUACUUACUGGUGGUAGGACCUCAUGUCCGCACGGGUAGGUACCACCGCCCUACCUAUUUCUGCCAUGAAGCAGUAAUGCGUUUCGGUUUGAAGGGUAGGGUAGCCGUUGUAACCAUACACCUUAGAACUUAUAUUUCAAGGUGGGUGGCGCAUUUACGUUGUAGAUGUCUAUGGGCUCCAAUAACCAUCAGGUAGGAUGGGAGCUUGUCCACCCAUCUAAAAAAAAAAAAGGAAAAAAAAAGUAAAAAAAAAUUAAGAAAAAAGGAAAAAAAAUAUUGCUGUACUUAGCAGUUUUAUAAUCCUCAUAUACUUAAUGUUGCUUGAUUCAUUUAAAGUUGUCAAAAGCAUUUAUUUUUAAGUUGCGUUUAUUUACCUUGGUAUAUUUAUACGUAGGUAUAGUAUAGUAGGUUUAUAGGUACAUGUAGCUAGGUAUAUAUAUUUAAGUAAGUUUGUAUGUAACGAAAUCUAUUACGUUAUUUUUGCCGACUUGAAAACGUCCGAUUAACCUGAAAACACCGACUCGAUCGAAUUCUUCGAUUACGACAAAGAGCGAAUUAUUCCAUGGACACAGCCCACUGAGUUUCUCGCCGGAUCUUCUCAGUGGGUCGCGAUUCCGAUCCGGUGGUAGAUUUUGCAAAACACUGCUCUCGCUAGGGCUAGUGUUAGAAAUUUCCCUGAGCUUGAGCCCGUGAGCUCCCUACCCGCCCGCGCGUAUCUGUAAUAGCCGAUUCCAGCGAAUAGGUAGGGAAUAAAAACAACAGGAGUGCAAUAAAAUUUUAAAUUAAUUAGGCGUGUUUGUUUUUACUUUUUUAAGUAGGUACAUAUUUAAAUUCUAUGUUUUAUUAAAUUGCUAAAUAAAGCCGUGUGCACUUAUCAAUCUCCA